UUGAUUAUUUCCUUUCCUUUUUCAAAUAUUCAUUCGAGCGGGUUCCAAGUGUAAUCAACCUCGUUAGCUUCACCAGACGUGUAACGCGGAAAACGAAAGGGAAGACGAUUUUUCACCGAUGUCGAAUCAUACUCAUUCGGCGAUCGGUAAGAUUUGUGGGGAAAGGGAAGAAUUUCCUGGAAGCGUGUCUUCACGGUGGCUGGACACGCACUUCGCAAUUCUCUCCGUGUCCCUCCCGCCAUCGCCCACACCAUGGUACCCGUCAUCUUCUCCCCUCAAGUUUGUGCAGGCCACCACGCUUUUGCGAACAGCUUCUUCAGUGCAUUUAGUACGUAACGAGAUCACGAAAAGCUAGACUCGUGACCGAGGAGACGUUGAAAAAGAUCAGGCAUGUGUAUCUGUGUGUGUGCGCGCGGACUCCUGUAAAAAAUACAUUGUUUGUUUUAUAUAUGAGUGUAAAUUAUUUUCAAGAAACAAAUUUGAUUUCUCUUGGUGAAUUCCGUUCUUGCUAAGAAACACAGAGUUCUUUAGAAGACGCUGACUUGGCGAACACUGCCGAUAUAGAAGAAAAUGCGGAACUGGUACUCGCGGUCGUAGACUACGGUCCAAAUGCGCGAUGGUCAGGUCGUCGGAGGGCGGUGGGCUUCUGAUAGUCGGCUGGCUCCUGGCACUCCGUUCCAUCAGUGCCGGUGCCCAGUUAGAUCCAGAUUACGGAUGUCCGCUUCAAGAAAGGAUACUGCCAUGCAGAUGUUCCACGCGCGAUAUGGAGGUCCAGAUAUGGUGUAGCCACAGUGAAUUACCAAAGGUACUGGAAGGUUUGCAGGCAGUCAGUCACUAUAUGGAUCGACCGGUAGACGAGCUGAUUCUGGAGAACAAUAACCUGCCAAGUCUACCCGGCAAGGUGUUUGCAACAUUACGAGUUUUACGCUUAAUGUUGCGAAACAAUCGCCUCGAAAGGGUGUCUUCCGGCUGGCUGGAAGGCCUACACGACUCCUUGCUAGAACUGUUCAUCGUCGAGCCCGAUCUGCGAUCUCUACCCGUGGACAGUCUGGAGAACCUGCAGGGUAUCGAAGCGAUGACGCUGCAGAGUCGCGUGAUGAAGCGACUGCCGAGGUUCGCCAGUCUGCCGAAACUGAGAUACCUUCAGAUCAACUCCCCAGCCUUGCUAGAACUCGUCCCGAGAAAUUUCCGAGAUGUUCCCAAUUUGGAGCAGCUACACGUAUUGGGUAGUCCGAGACUGACCAGAUUAGAGGCCGGGCUUCUUCGAGAUCUGCCGCGAUUGGAACUGCUCAACAUCACUGAUUCCGGAAUCCACUGGAUUCAUCCGCGAGCGAUGAUCAAUCUGCCGGAGCUCAAGGAGAUCUCGUUGGUCGGAAACGCCAUAAUCGAUGCCGGUAUGGUCGGUCGCGCGUGCAUGGAUCUACCGUCGUUGUCAGUGAUACGUCUGGAUCGAAAUCGCAUCAACCGCCUGGGCGAAGGCUCCUUCGUCGAUCUUCCUGUUUUAUCGCGCCUCUAUCUGUCGCGCAAUUACAUCACCGAGAUAUUUGCCCAGGCUUUCCAGCAGGUGCCAGUUCUCAAGUCCUUGGAUCUGAAUCACAAUCUAAUUCAUCGCAUCCAUCCGGAAUUCUUUCCGCAGCGGACAGGAAACGCGUUGGAAGAAAUAUGGCUAAUCAAUAAUGAUCUUAGCCACGUGGCUGAAAUACGAUCGGUGUUUGAGGCUCUGCCAAGGUUGAAAUUUCUAGACGCCAGUCAUAAUCAGUUAGAGGAAAUACCCUUCGGUGCUCUAAGAGGCCAUCCCACUUUGGAGAGGCUCCAUCUAAAUCACAACAGACUAGCAUUUUUGCAAAGAGAAACGUUCACAGCGAUGCCGGCGCUCAGGGAGCUCAGGUUAAAAAACAAUUCCCUGUCGAACCUACUGGAGGCUCCUUUCUGGAAUUUGCCAGCGUUAAAGGGUCUAGAUCUCUCGGAAAACUACUUUCGUCACAUAGAACCACGCUUGUUCGCUAAUCUGCCAAAUCUUCGACGAUUAGAUCUUAGCGGUAAUGCCAUAGGACUCAUUGAACCCGAGUCCUUUCUGGGCACUCCGGCGCUAGAGCACAUCAAUGUCUCCGGGAACGCUUUAUCCGUAAUUCAUCCCAUGACCUUCCAACACUUGACAAACUUGUACGAACUGGACAUCGGUUUGAAUCGUAUGCUGGAAGUGGUUCCUGGCCUACCGAAAGAUAUCGAACAUCUUCAUAUGUCCAAGAACCGUAUUGUCGCCCUGCCAACCGUAUCUUCUCAGGAUCUAGCACUACCUGCCCUACGAUCAUUGGAUUUGAGCUCGAAUGGGAUUGAAAGAAUUCUGCCUGGCACCCUGGCUGACUUGUCAAACUUGAAAAAACUGAAUCUAGGCUACAACGCUCUGAGAAUUUUAGACGACGGAGUUUUCGAUGGACUCACAGGAUUAGAACAGUUAGACUUGAAGUGCAAUCGCCUAGUCACGUUGCACGGACGAAGCUUUCGACCUCUAAAAUCGUUGAUGGAUGUGAAUCUUCGGGGUAAUCGAGUGGAGGUUCUGCGACCGGAUAUUUUUCAAGAGAACAGUAGAUUGCAAAGAGUCGACUUGAGCAGAAAUAAUCUCGCACAAAUUCCUCACGCUACCUUCACCAAUACAAGAGACCUUCGUGAACUGUACGCGUCGCACAAUACUUUGACCGAGUUACCCGGAUCGCUGCACGGCUUAACUGCUCUACGGGUCCUCGACUUGAGCUUCAACAAGCUGAACAUCCUAUCGCCGGAAACUCUAAGCAGUCUGUCGUCCUUGUUGGAAUUGAAACUGGUCAGAAAUCAUAUACGAGAGCUGCGGGAAGGCGCGUUCGACGGAUUGCCGCAACUGUCCUUGAUCGAUCUCGAGAACAACGAUCUUAGGGUGAUCGAGAGAAACGCCAUCAGAGCGUUACCGGAACUGCAAGCCGUCCGUCUCGGCAAAAAUCGAUUACAGUCCAUCCCCAGCGGCGCUUUCACCGAAUUACCACUGCUGCAGAGUGCGGAACUUCAGGAAAAUAGUAUUCAGGAAAUCGCUAAUAAUGCUUUCAUUAACGUGCCACAUUUACUUUUCCUUAAUCUAAGUCACAAUCACCUGCCGGACUUGGAAUACGUUGGUCUGGAUAGUCUUCGCUCGUUAGAGGUUCUUGAUCUCAGUUACAAUCGAUUAUCCAGAGUUUCCAGCAACAGUUUAGCAGCUAUGGAGUGGCUAGUGGAACUAAAGAUGGACAACAAUCGGAUUUGCGCCGUGCACGGUUCGCCUUUUGAUGAUAUGCCCAGGUUGCGGGUAUUGAGCCUGCGAAGCAAUCGGAUGACCGCGGUCUCAGAAAACGCUUUCAAAAGGCUGCGAUCGAAUAUCGCUAUCUUGGAUAUCGACGGAAAUCCAUUAUCCUGUUCUUGCGGCAUGCUUUGGCUGCGAGGAUGGCUACAGCAGGCUUCUUCGGAAGGUCCUAGAUGCGCUGAUGGUUCUCUCUUCAAGGAGCUCAGAUUAUCGCGACAAGAUUGUCAGCGUGAGAGACACGUGGAACCGAUUCAUCCAGGAUGCGAGGCCGAAAUGAUUAACGUUGCGACACCUUCAGUCUCUUCCUCAGCGUUUGGGAUUACAGAAACGGUACCAUUAUGGAUGAAUCUAAAGGAUUCCUCGACACAGAGGCCUUCCGUUUCUCAGGACUCCGACUAUUUGUAUCAAUAUGUAGAUUACCAGGACAACGGAAAUGAUACGAGCACGUCGCUGCCGAGCGUGUCUACCAUUAGCUCACCUACUCAGACCGUGAAGAUCAUUCACCCGCCGCCACAUACGCAGAAGCAUCCAGUGCAAAAGAACACUACAUUACCAAUAAAGAAGAAUCCUCUAAUGCCCCCAUCGCCCAGCAGCUCCGGUUUUACCUUCUUCGGUUUACCCUUACCGAAUUUAAAUUUCAAUCUGUGGGGCAGGAAGGCGGAGAGAAAGGAAUCCUCGUUGUCGUCGUCGUCGUCGUCGUCGUCGGAUAGACCUGGCCGAGGACGUUACAGGUCCUUCCCGCCCUCAGAACCGGAAAUCCACAGAGGAGGCUUCGUACCUCUGCCGCGCGGUCAAAGCGGAUUCGUACCGAUCGCCGAUCCUAGAUUGGCGUACGAGAAACACGUGAAGCAUGAUAACACUUCAAGAUCAUUGAAUGCAAGUAGUGCACCGAUACAGGAGGAACGUGCUCGAAAAAGUGGAAACAGCACCGUGACCAAGAUAGAGAAAACUAUCUCCAAAAGCGGAAAACCGCGGACGAGCUACCGAGAGAAGGAAGAACUACCCACUGCUGCGUCGACAAACGUUCGACCAACUAGUUUUGAAUCUCGCAAGAUUUCAUCCAACGUCAGUAAAAUCAUCCAAAGCCUUAAUGCAUCAAAUACAGUGAAAAGUAGUACAUCGAUAAUCGUGGAGGAUGAUUCAUCGCAAGAAGCUCACGAAACAUCAGUGUCCACCGAAAUUUACGGCGGCGAAAGUUUAGAAGUAAAUACGGAAGAUACUAAAUUCAUAGAGAAACCGCAGAUGGAAGUCGCUAACAGGAUAGUUUGGACCACGCCAAAAGCAAUAAUAGCGGAAACGAAGAAAACUACGAUUACUAAGGAGACUACAACUGCAGCGGUGAAGGUGGCACCGUCGAAAGAAACCGGAUCCAAAGAUUGGAACUUAGAAAUACCUGAGUAUGAAAAGGAUUCAACCCUUGUAGGCAGUACAACUGAGUCUUAUGAGAAAUUUGACAAUUCGGAUGUUGUGACGGAUGCGGAACCGAUUCCAUACUUUUCAGCACCUGUAACGUCUACUACAUCGAAUCCACGACCCAAAGAAACCAUGACUGUGACUUCUCGAGGGACAGAGGCAUCCGCUCUGUCCGCGCUUCUGGUUCCGGGGGGAUUAGUACCGUCUUCGGGAUCCGUAGUAAAUAUACGUCCGCUUGGUAGAUCUACGAUAACCAAGGUUGCCUCGCCGUACAUCAGCUACAACGCCGAUCAAUCCAGAGAAAAGCAGAAGUCGAUCGCUGGCGCCGCUCAGAGGAGCGAGAUCAUCGACGAGACAACCGAAAGUCAGAACGAGGCGUUUGUCGUUGACGAUGAAGCUAAAGUGAUAAAGGACAGUCCUUUCAACUGGUACUUCCAACACUACAACGAUACAAAUUUAGAGCCUUAUGUGGGUAUAGCUUACAGCAGUGCUACAAAAAUCGACGCCUAUCAAUGGUUUCCUUUGCUUAUCUUCAGCAUUCUGAUAUAAAAAAAUUUAGAAUUUGCACAGCGGACUCUAGAUAACAGACAAAUUAAUCUCUCCCUGAACACGAAAAGUAAAAUAUAUUGUAAUAUUUGUUAAUAAAUGCUAUAGUACGUGGAUGUUUCAAAUAAUAUAUCAUACACGUAAAAUCGUGCUAUGUAUACGAUUGAAGAAAUUUAUAUGCAGUCGAAUCUCGAUAACUACUUUGUAAUUUGAAUUUAAAGUAGCCAGACUUUUAUAAAUCGAAGUUCACCUGUAUAAAUCAAAUUUCUAUUAUCGCUGCCUCUAACUCAAAGUUGUUACCAUUCGUAGAGGAAACUCCAGUUUCGACUAAGCAAGCCAGAACAGCGGUAACGUUUUACGAAGUUUUGUAGAAAGAUAUAAUAUUGAGGACAACGUAUUCUCUACUUUGAUUACCGUUGAAAAUGCCAUUGAUCAACUAUGUAUUAAGUCAUUAAUACAAAAUAAAAUUACAGAUUUUUUUAAUAACUAUGAGUAAUAGCCUGGUAUUUGUUAUGAUUAUGUUUAUUAUACAUAUGUAUGCAAUAAAUAAUUCACGUCAAAAAUGGAAUUUUUUCCUUUAAAAGCCAUUAUAAUCGGAAAAUUAUUGACGUACAAAGCCUCUGUAAACCAAAUUUUCAUAGUUAAUCGUCUUUUACUUGAAAACUUCGAAAAGUUGAAACUUCUAUAAAAAGUUCGAAACUUUUAGCUCUUCCCUUUUGAGAUUCGAGUUAUCGAAGUCCGACUGUAUAUUAACUUAGUAAAAUAGCUUUGAUGUUGAAUAUAUAACAGUAUUAGUCUUUCUUAAAUAAAAUUUAAACAUUUUUAAUAUUAAAAA